UUCACCAGAGGCUGAGGCUCCAGGAAAAGGGGAGCGAGUUCAUUGGAUCAAACAUGUCACAAGAGCCGGACAAUAAUAAAAGACUAGUGGCCUUGGUGCCCAUGCCCACUGACCCUCCGUUCAAUUCUCGAAGAGCCUACACCAGUGAGGAUGAAGCCUGGAAGUCCUACCUGGAGAAUCCCCUGACAGCUGCCACCAAGGCCAUGAUGAGCAUUAAUGGUGAUGAGGACAGCGCUGCGGCCCUUGGGCUGCUCUAUGACUACUACAAGGUUCCUCGAGACAAGAGGCUGCUGUCUGUAAGCAAAGCAAGUGAGAGCCAAGAAGACCAGGAUAAAAGAAAUUGCCUUGGCACUACCGAAGCCCAGAGUAACUUGAGCGGAGGAGAAAACCGGGUGCAGGUCCUAAAGACUGUCCCAGUGAACCUUUGCCUAAGUCAAGACCACGUGGAGAAUUCCAAGCGGGAGCAGUACAGCGUGUCCAUCUCUGAGAGCCCGGCGGUCAUCCCUGUGUCUGGCAUUACGGUGGUGAAGGCCGAAGACUUCACGCCUGUGUUCAUGGCGCCACCUGUGCACUAUCCGAGGGGCGAGGGGGAGGAGCAGCGCGUGGUCAUCUUCGAGCAGACUCAGUACGACCUGCCCCCCAUAGCCACCCACAGCUCCUACCUCAAGGAUGACCAGCGCAGCACCCCGGACAGCACCUACAGCGAGAGCUUCAAGGACGGAAACGCAGAGAAGUUUCGGAGUGCUUCUGUGGGGGCUGAGGAGUACAUGUAUGAGCAGACAUCAAGUGGCACAUUUCAGUACACACUGGAAGCUACCAAAUCUCUCCGUCAGAAGCAGGGAGAGGGCCCUAUGACCUACCUCAACAAGGGACAGUUCUACGCCAUAACGCUCAGUGAGACCGGGGACAACAAAUGCUUCCGACACCCCAUCAGCAAAGUCAGGAGUGUGGUGAUGGUGGUUUUCAGCGAAGACAAAAACCGAGAUGAGCAGCUGAAAUACUGGAAGUACUGGCACUCUCGGCAGCACACAGCGAAGCAGAGGGUCCUGGAUAUCGCUGAUUACAAGGAGAGCUUUAAUACCAUUGGAAACAUCGAAGAGAUCGCCUAUAAUGCGGUGUCCUUUACAUGGGAUGUGAAUGAAGAGGCGAAGAUUUUCAUCACUGUGAAUUGCCUAAGUACAGAUUUCUCUUCUCAAAAAGGGGUGAAAGGACUUCCUCUGAUGAUUCAGAUUGAUACAUACAGUUAUAAUAAUCGCAGCAAUAAACCCAUCCACAGAGCCUAUUGCCAGAUCAAGGUCUUCUGCGACAAAGGAGCUGAAAGGAAAAUCCGAGAUGAAGAGAGAAAGCAGAACAGGAAGAAAGGGAAAGGCCAGGCCUCCCAAACACAGUGCAACAACUCCGCCGAUGGGAAGUUGGCUGCCAUACCUUUACAGAAGAAGAGUGACAUCACCUACUUCAAAACCAUGCCUGACCUGCACUCACAGCCUGUGCUCUUCAUUCCUGACGUUCACUUUGCAAACCUGCAGAGGACUGGACAGGUGUAUUACAACACAGAUGAUGAACGAGAAGGCAACAGUGUCCUUGUUAAACGGAUGUUCAGGCCUAUGGAGGAGGAGUUUGGUCCGGCACCUGCUAAGCAAAUUAAAGAAGAAGGCAUUAAGCGAGUGCUUUUGUAUGUGAGGAAGGAGACGGACGACGUGUUUGAUGCUUUGAUGCUGAAGUCUCCUACAGUGAAAGGACUGAUGGAAGCGAUAUCUGAGAAGUAUGGGCUGCCUGUGGAGAAGAUAGCAAAACUUUACAAGAAAAGCAAAAAAGGCAUCUUGGUGAACAUGGACGACAACAUCAUUGAGCACUACUCCAAUGAGGACACCUUCAUCCUCAACAUGGAGAGCAUGGUGGAAGGCUUCAAGAUCACACUUAUGGAGAUCUGAGCCCUAGGAUUGGCAUUCACUGGCAGGAGUUCUGAAUACAUUCUUCCCUGGGAGAGAUGGGGAUCCCUAUCACCCCAGAACUCAGAGACCCACCUCACCCAUCCUACAAGUGCUGUUACAAGACUGCUGGAAAGCGGGCAGGGCCUCUGGUCCCUCUGGUUGUCAGUCUGAUUGACCCUCCACCUGCUUCUCCAUGGAGCCAAAGGCUGCGUCUCUCAGUAGAUUGCUUUGGGCCUGUGGGGUCCUUAUUUAUUGCCCAUCAGAACUCUGAAGGCCACUGCUGGCUCCAUAGGAGACCCUCCAGAGUCGCCCCUUAAAGGGAAGCAAACUAGUCUAUUCAUCUCGAAGAACCUGACCAGUGGCCACUUCUUUCUUACCCGCUCACGUCCUUGAGUGCAUGGACAGAAGGAGCUGCUUCUUGUGCAGCUGUCACAGGUGAGCACAGAAGUGGACAACGUUGAAACUGGUCAAAACCCUUCAGAUUGUUCUGACGAAGGUCAUUUUGCUAAAUACCUCCAGCAAGUGGCCACCAGGCCUUGUAAAUGAAGACAUUCAGCUACCAUGGAGUCAGUCAAGAACACAGAAUGUGUGCCUGGCGAUCAUGUACAUAGUGUUUAUAAUAUUGCAAUAAUAUAUUUUGCCUGUGGCAUGUGGGCAGGUUUGCUGCCACGGGCCAAGGGGAGGCACAGACAUGAAGACUUAGAGCUGUUGUUGCUGCACCUGUUCCGGACCCAGGCUAGAGAAAUGGCCUUGGAGUCUCAAGUGACUAUGGUGGUGCCGUGAUACAUUCUCCCUUGGGUGUAUCUGAGGCCUGGUCCCUUGUCCCCAGAGAAUAGGAUGCCUCGGGCAGAUCGCUGCAUUUAUCUCAUGAUAUGAUGCCUCACUGGACUGUUCCUUCAAGCUGUCUUGACAGAAGUUCAGCUGAUUCUGCAGCUUUGGUAAAGGCAAUGCAUGAACUCCCUGGAAAGACUGUAGGGGCUUUGCCCUGGGGCUCUGGGGAUGGGGCUCUGCUGGGAACUGCUUAGCCGUGGUGAGAGUCCUGGACACUGGGGAGGGCCUCACAGUUUACAAGCACAUCCUUCAUCUCAAGUGGAUCCUUUGAAAGCCCAUCGGCAGUGCUGAGUGCCGCCCCAGGAGCUCAGCUCUGAGCGGCAAGCCAGGCUUCCUCUUGUGCCUGGAGACUGGAAAGGGAGGACUCAGCCACCUGAACCCCUGCUUUCUGGAGUUAGAGGGAGAGUGAGAAAGCCCUGUGAGCAUCUGCUUUUCUGAAACCAGCCUCAAGAAGCAGGCUGGGGACAGGAGCUGGUGGUGAUCACACCUGUAAACCUAGCUACCC